AUGAAUCAAUCUCAGCCUAUAAAUUUAAUCAACGGUAAAAUGUAUUGUCAAUGGCCAAUCUUUAUAAGCGAAUGUUAUGAAUCACAAUAUUUCAUAAUAACAUAUUACGUUAAUCUAGUAACUGCAACAAUUUUCACACUCUUGGCUGGCGGAAUCUUAAUUAUGAGGUUAAUAGCACAUCGAGAAUUAAAUCUGUUAUCGAAUGGAAUAAUAGCACCAUUAGAAGGAUUUUUAGGAUUUUCCAUGCUAGGGGGUAUAGCGAGAAUUGUAUGCAGUGUAACGUUAAUAAUUGAUGUUCUUCCAACAUAUUAUAUAUAUCGAGAAAUGAUAUCAGAUGCACAAUGGAUAACUGCUCAACUUUCUGCAAUAACUUAUCUGGCGGGAGUAUUUCGUACAUUACCUCAUAUGCCAUUUUUUCAACCAUCUUGUUCUGAUCAUCAAUCUUCAACAACUAAUAUGAUAAUAUGCGUGCCAAAAUCAUAUUUAAUAAGAAUAUUAUAUUGGACAAUAUCAAUUACAUUAAUUAUAAUAACAUCUGGAUCAGCAAUGUUAUCAGGAUAUUUUAGAAUGAAAGAUAAUAGAUUUUUAUUAAAUGUAUUCACUUCAACAAGAUUAAUUGCUUACGGAAUUUCAUGUGCAAUCUUGGUAAUAGGAUAUAGUAUAUAUGGAAGAUUAUUUAUAAAUUUGACAAUGCAAAGUUUUGAUUUGGUUCAAGGACAAGGUGAGAUCAUUGAAGAAUUCCAAGAAACUCAUAUUAUUAGAGAUGAAGAUGAAAGAGAAGAAAGAAGAAAUUUAAGAUUUAAAUAUCAUAUUAGAAAAAUGAAAAUGUUUAAUAAUUCUGCAUUAAUGACAUUUACUUUUUGGUCAUUAACAAGUUUCAUAUUAGCAUUUUGGCAUGAUCUAAUUUGGUCUAUUUUAUUUUUAUCAAAAAUUCAAGCUUUUAUUGCUAAUAUAAGUGCAAAUUUAAUUAUUUUAACAGUUUUGAUUGUUAUAUUAUUAAGUGAAUUUGUACAUCAUAAAGGUCUUGAUGAAACUAGAAAUCAAUUAAUUUAA